UGUCCCCAUACCCGCAGUGUCCCCAUCACAACUCUCAGCUCUGUGGGUGCAUUUCUCACUCUGGACCCUCCCCAAAUCUCCUCUCUGUCCUGUGCAGGUGUGUGGUGUGGACGGGCGAUGACCGCGUGUUCUUCUUCAACCCCAGCAUGCAGCUGUCGGUGUGGGAGCGCCCGCUGGACCUGCGCCACCGCGGGGACCUCAAACGGCUGCUCCAGGACCCGCCCCACAAGCGCAAACUGGAGCCUGCAGCAACAGACAAGUGUGUUAGCUCUUGUCCAGGGGAUGACAACGAUGAUCUGAGCAUCAAAACCAAGAGGAAUAAUUGUGGGAUUUUCGAGCAGUUUGUCAAGACCCGCAUCAGGGAGGAGUACAAGGAGAAGAAGAACAAGCUGCUGUUGGCCAAGGAAGAAUUCAAAAAGCUUCUGGAAGAAUCCAAGUUAUCCCCGAGAACAACCUUCAAGGAGUUCGCGGAGAAACACGGCCGAGAUCAGCGCUUCCGCCUCGUCCCGAAGAAAAAGGACCAGGAGCAUUUCUUCAAUCAGUUCAUUCUUAUUCUCAAAAAGAGGGACAAAGAAAACAGGAUAAGGCUACGGAAAAUGAGAUAAGAGCGACUGAAACCGGCAAUAAAGACACGAGCCCAGGCUGUGGCUGCAGGAAGGGAUUCCARGGAAGGAGGAAACGUUUGGGAUCUGACAGCACCUCCAGGAGUGGGAGAUCCCAAGGGAAAAAUGCCUCCAAACGGAGUUUAUGAGCCAUCCAUGGGAUCUGGGAARGCUGUUCUGCAGGAAUGGGAAGGAUAUUUUUGUUCUCAAAGAAUUAAUGUUUCAUAUUGAAGCUCUCUUUUGUACAACAUCCAGAGUUUGAUGCAUUUCUAAUUGCCAUGAUAUGUGGAUCCCUUAAUUGUUUUAAUUAUGCAAAUUACUUGUAAUAUACACAAGUUAUGAAUCCAAUGCAGAUUUAUAAUUAAGCAGAAGCAGAUGCCAUCCAGAGCAAUCUCAAGGCAUUUCCAUCAUUUAGGGGAAUUAUCUCAAGCAAUCUUUUGGCAUUUCCACCGAGCUGCGGGGUCUGGUGGUGUUCAGGAUCCCCUUCCUGCUGCUCAUCCGUCUCUGUCCAGUCCUCRAGUAUCGUGAUCAGCUAUUAAUUGUUAAUCUUGGUGAAGAGUGUGGCAAUGCUGGCAAAUGUCCCACAGGAGAGCUCUCCUGGGCCGUCCAGCCCCGCUUCUUUGUGAAGCCAUCCCCSUCGCAUUCGGGUUCUGUUCCUGUGUGUGAAGAGUCUGCAUGAGAUUUUUCUCAUCAUAUUUGUAUAAAUAAAUAUUUAACUUU